AUGAUGAGAUACUUUAAUUUAAAGUUGGUAUAAUUGUAUGGUGAUUAAAUAAUAAAAAUGAUUGCAUUAUUAUUUUGUGUCUUAUCUUUUCUCCAUCUCUCUAUGGCAAAGAAAUGUUAAUGCAACGAGAUAUAUUUUGAGGACUUAUGUAGAGAUGCAAGAGGAUGUUAUUUUGAAACUAAAUCUGGUAUUUGUGAAGAAAUAAAUUGCCUUGAAAGAACUAGUGAGGAUUGUUCAUAUUUCGCUGGAAAAUUAAGAUGUUAUUGGGACAUAACGAUUGGAUUUUGUUAAGAAUUGUCAGGAUGUGAGGAAUUGUAAGAAAAUGAAAAGGUUGAUUCUAACGAAGAAAAUUGUUAAGAAAUUGAUUGCCGGUGGGAUUAUUAGUAGAAAAUUUGUGUUUCAGAUGCUGAUCAGAGAAUGUGCUAAGAUUAUGAUGUUCAAUUUUGUAUUGGGGCUAUUUAAGUUGUUGGUAUGUAAAAGAGUGAAUGCGUUUUAAAUGGAGAAAACGGAGACUCUUGUAUUGCUUUAGAAAAAUGCGAAGAUAUAACAUAUAACAAAUCUUGCAAUAAAUUAUAUUGUAAAUGGGAAGAUGAUGAAUGUAAGACCAAAACGUGCAGCGAUUAUAGUAUAGAAGAAUGUCCAAGUUUUAAUAAAUUAAGUUAACAACAAUGUUAUCCUUCUCAUUCAGGAUGCGUUGGAUUUGUUUGUAGUGAUUUUGGUGUAAAAUUACAAUGUUAAAAUCACCCAAGGUGUUUUUGGAGUAAAAAUCUCAAUUCUUGUCAUCAAUAAACAUGUGAUAAGGCUACAUAUGCAACUUAAUGUCUCAGUUUCAGCUAUGCCGUAGAAAACACUGAAUGCAAAUGGGAUAGUGUUGGUUGUCAUUCAUGCUAUUAGAUUGCAUUGGUUUUCUAUUUAAUUAUCUAUAUAUUCUAUUGA